AAAAAAAAAAAACAGUUCACUUCACGAGCUCCAUAACCAAAUCGCAACCUCACCACCACCUUCUCUCUCUCUCUCUCUCUUCCAUGGCCAGACCUUCACUGUUCUUCCUCUUCACGCUCAUUAUUCUCCAUCAUGCAUCCUCUUCUUCGAGCCCAAUCAAAACAGUGGUGGUUCUGGUCAUGGAGAACCGCUCCUUCGAUCACAUGCUCGGCUGGAUGAAACAGCUCAACCCCGAAAUCAACGGCGUCGACGGCACCCAGUCUAAUCCGAUUUCUGCCGCGGUCGGCGGCGGCGGCUCCCCUCGGAUCUUCUUCAAGGACCAGGCUCACUUCGUGGACCCAGACCCGGGCCACUCCUUCCAGGCGAUCCGCGAGCAGAUCUUCGGAUCCAACGACACCUCCGCCGACCCUCCGCCCAUGGACGGCUUCGUCCAGCAAGCCUGCUCCAUCAACUGCUCCUCCAUGCCUCAAGCCGUCAUGAACGGCUUCGACCCUGACAAGAUCCCGGUCUACAAGUCUCUCGUCUCCGAGUUUGCCGUCUUCGACCGGUGGUUCGCGUCGGUCCCUGCGUCGACCCAGCCGAACCGGCUCUUCGUCCACUCCGGAACCUCCGCCGGCGCCACCAGCAACAUCCCGAAGCUCCUCAUCAAGGGAUACCCCCAAAAGACCAUCUUCGAAGUCCUGGACGACGCCGGAAUCUCGUUCGGAAUAUACUACCAGAACAUUCCGGCGACGCUGUUCUACCGGAAUUUGAGGAAGCUGAAGUACGUGACCAAGUUCCGGUCAUACGACUUGGUUUUUAAGAAUCACGCGAGGAAGGGGAAGCUUCCGAAUUAUGUUGUGGUGGAGCAGCGGUACAUGGACAGCAAGUUGGAGCCUGCGAACGACGAUCAUCCGUCGCACGAUGUGGGCCAAGGGCAGAGGUUCGUGAAGGAGGUGUACGAGACACUGAGGGCGAGCCCGCAGUGGAACGAAACCCUGUUCCUGAUCACGUACGACGAGCACGGCGGGUUCUUCGAUCACGUGCCAACUCCGGUUCACAAUGUGCCCAGCCCGGACGGGAUAGUAGGGCCCGAACCGUUUCUCUUUCAGUUCAACCGGCUGGGAGUUCGGGUCCCCACCAUUGUCAUCUCUCCUUGGAUUGCAAAGGGAACCGUUGUGCACGGGCCAAACGGAUCGCCGACCUCGUCUUCGGAAUACGAGCACUCCUCCAUUCCGGCAACUGUGAGGAAGAUAUUUAACCUCACUUCUCCAUUUCUCACCAAGAGGGAGGCAUGGGCCGGCACCUUCGAAUCCAUUCUCCACACUCGCUCUCAACCCCGAACUGAUUGCCCACGUAAAUUACUUAAUUGCUUAUCAUAUUUAUCCGUAUGUCUGAUGAAUAUUGAUGAUGAGGCGAGGCACGGUGUGCAUGUGUUUUAAUCAACAGAGAAGCUGCCGUGGCCGGUGAAGAUAAGGGAAGGGGAGGCGCAGGAGGAGGCGGAGAUCAGUGAGUUUCAGCAGGAGCUGGUGCAGCUGGCGGCGGUGCUGAAAGGUGACAAUGUGCUGACCACCUUCCCUGAGAAGAUAGGGAAGGGGAUGAAGGUGAGGGAAGCCAAGAAGUACAUGGAGGGGGCGGUGAGAAGGUUCUUCGCGGCGGGGCGGCUGGCGUUGAGAAUGGGGGUGGACCCUGAGCACAUCGUGCAGAUGAGGCCCUCGCUCACCUCCAGAUCUUCCAACAUUAAUACUGAUACCCAUCACCAUCCCUGACCUGCAAGAAUUAUACAGUAUGCAUGCAUGCAGGGGUGUACGGACGCGCGCGCCCGUGUGAUCUGUGUGUGUUCCAUCAUUAAUUAAUUGGCUCAGUAAACUGAUCAUAGUUGACCGAAAUGUUCAAUAAGGAUAUACAGGUUCCCUUGAGGGAUCUUACGCACAUAUAUAACAGGAGGAGAAAAGAAAGUUACACAUAUAAAAAAAGGAAACUGUUUGUGGAAGUCAAGUUCAAGAUUAAUCUCUAGCUAGGUUUGUAAUAUUGUAUUAUGCAUAAUGUUGUAAUUGUCUACAUUAAAGCAUAUUUAAUGAAUUAAUAAUUUCAUCA